UCAUACGCGACCCUCUAUAAUGGAUGGAAUAAAGCUGCCACAAGGGACUUCAAAGAUUCCUGACGGAAGUGGAGGAGAAGACGAUGCUAAACGCGCCCAAGAGGAGCAGAUGCGGCGAGAUCUGCUGAGGACUGUACUCGCUACUCCUGCACGGGAAAGAUUGUCACGGAUAGCACUCGUUAGUCCCGACAGAUCGAAGGAGAUCGAGACGAUUUUGUUGAAGAUGGCACAAUCGGGUCAAUUAAGAGGGCAAGUCACCGAGGAACAACUCAUCGACUUGUUAGAUCAGAUGGAAGAGGUCAGGGGAAAGACAACAGCGAAGAAAUCUACUAUCAUCUAUCAGCGACGAAAAGACCUCGACGACGAUUUUGACAUCUGAUUUAUGUCUAUACUGUGCAUAUAUUCGGGUUUGUCGCGCCGUC